AUUUAAAGUUCACCUGUUUUCUGGUAUCUUGCACCGUCCGUGCAAGGUUUAAAUACAAUCUUCUACAACUUGCUUUUUAAGCUUUUAAGCUUCACCAACUAUUUUAUUUUGAAGUAAUUGGAUUAACUACUACUUAAUUCCUAUAAAUCACAUUUCAUGAAUUCAUCCUCAGCAACUGUAAGUUAUAACUUCAUGUAUUUCCUUUAACUGUUAAAAUAUUAUGAACUAUUAUUACUAUGAUUCACGUAUUACCAAGAUCUUCCAUGCUUUCAAUUUCACCCCAGAGUUAUAGUAACAUGUCGAGUGGUACAAAUGGAAUGUAUGACAAGAAUGGCCUUUCAUCAUCUACAACUGGUGAUGGGGAUUAUGCAAGCGAUCCAGCAUCAGGCGGAUUGUCUUCCUUUUUUGUAUCAGAUUAUAAGAAGUAAGUUUUAUUAAUCUCUAGUUUACAAACGAAAUAUUUUCAUUCGAAAUCGAACAAGUAGAUUGAUUUUACUUUAGUUCUUUGAUGUAUAUAAAUAUAUUUAUUUGAAAGUUUUUAGUAAAAAUAAAAAAAUAAAAAAUGAAACUUAUAAUUUGUUAGUUAUAUCGCAACUUUACCAAUUAUUCUAAAUAACUUUUAUAGCAUACGUUUUUAUUGUACAUGUAAUAAUAAUACUGGUAUUUAUAGUGAUAUAAAUAUAUAAAUUUAAGUAAAACCAUUUUCAACUAGGCAUGAUGAUUUGAAACAAAUGUUAGACUCUGCAAAGGAUGGACCAAAAUUAGAAGCAAUGAAACGAAUUAUUGGUGUAAGAUACUUUCUUAUUGCAUAAUUUAUGUAUUACAAUAGUCAUUAUACGUUUUUUAGAUGAUUGCUAAAGGUAGAGAUGCAUCAGAAUUGUUUCCCGCUGUUGUUAAAAAUGUUGUCUCUAAAAACAUUGAAGUAAAAAAAUUGGUAUAUGUAUAUCUUGUCCGUUAUGCUGAACAGCAGCAAGAUUUAGCACUUUUAUCUAUAUCUACAUUUCAAAGAGCUUUAAAGGUAAUAUCUACAGCGAUAUAAUAUAAUAUGUAAUUGUUCUAAUCUAUACAUGUAGUGAUUUAUAUUUUAUUUAUUGUUCAAUUAAUAUAAUAUUGUAUUUGUUUUAGGAUCCCAAUCAAUUAAUACGAGCAUCAGCAUUAAGAGUGUUAUCGAGUAUUAGAGUUGUAAUGAUUGUACCAAUUGUCAUGUUAGCCAUUAAAGAUUCAGCUGCUGAUAUGUCACCAUAUGUUCGUAAAACUGCCGCACACGCAAUUCCUAAAUUAUACAGGUAAUUAUUAAUAUUAAACAAUUAUUUAAGUACACGCACUUUAGUUGACUUAUAAAUAUUAUUGUAAAUUUAAAAUUAUGAUUAUCACUUUACUAGAAUAUAAAUUAAUAAUUAUUUUUAUUUUACUAUUUUUGUUUUAGUUUGGACCCUGAUCAGAAAGAAGAGCUUAUUGCAGUAAUAGAAAAACUAUUAGCCGAUAAAUCAACCCUUGUAGUUGGAUCAACUGUUAUGGCAUUUGAAGAGGUUUUUAAGUUUUUAUUACAUUUUUUAAUUGAUUUUUAAUUUAUUAUUUAUCAUAUAGACAGUUUAAACUAGUUAUUUUAUUUGUCGCUAUUGUUAUUAAAAAAAAUAAUAAUAUAAAUUAUAAUAUAUUAAAAUAGUUAAAUAUCUAUUUAGGUUUGUCCUGAAAGAAUUGAUCUUAUACAUAAAAUAUACAGAAAGCUGUGCAAUUUGUUAGUUGAUAUUGAUGAAUGGGGGCAGGUGAUUAUUGUGAACAUGCUGACUAGAUAUGGCCGUACUCAAUUCAUCAAUCCCAAUAAAAAUGUAAGAAAAAAUUAAAAAUUAAUAUUAUAUAUUAAAACAAAAUGUAUUAAAUAUUUAUAGGACACCAGUGAUUUUACAAAAAUUGAAAAUUCGAACUUAGAUAACUCAGAUUUAUCUAGUUGCGAAGAGGCAGGUAUAGAUGAUGAUAAAUCAACUGUAUUAGAUCAAGACCAUCGUCUUCUAUUAAGAAAUGCUAAGCCUUUGUUUCAAAGCCGAAACGCUGCUGUAAAUAAUAAUUUAAAAUUUUUAUUAAAUAUAGUUUAAGAAUAAUAUUAUUAUUUAAGUUUAUUUGACUAUUUUAAUAGUGUUAAUUGAUGUACUUAUUAGGUUGUGAUGAGUGUUGCACAGUUAUAUCAUCAUUUAGCUCCAAAAUCUGAGGUUAAUAUCAUUGCUAAGGCAUUAAUUCGUUUAUUAAGAAGUCACAGAGAAGUUCAAUCAGUUGUACUCAAUUCUAUUGCAUCUAUUUCAAUAGCCAGGAAGGUAUAAAUUUGUUUGUUAUUUAUUUGUAAAGGUAAUUAAUUUUAUUAUAUCAAUGUAUUUAUUUAUCAUUUUUUUUAGAGUAUGUUUGAACCAUAUUUAAAAAGUUUUUUCGUUAGAUCAAAUGAUCCUACACAUAUAAAAUUAUUAAAACUUGAUAUUAUGACAAACUUGGCCAAUGAAACCAGUAUAUCAACAAUACUUCGUGAAGUUCAAACAUAUAUUUCUAGCACAGAUAAACAAUUUGUUGCAGCUGCUAUUCAAGCUAUUGGAAGGUAAUUAGUUUUCAUAUAGUAUAUCUAGCAAAUAUCAUUGAUUAUGUUUUCAAUGCUAAUAUUUACCAGAAAUAUGCAAUCUGAUGAGUAGACAUAUGCUAUAUUUCAAUUGGACGUAGUAAGCCUCAGUAUAGGUAUCAAACCCCUGGUUAAUGGAUUCUGUCGAUGUAGUUGAUUUAUUUGUAUAUAUUUAAUUUUACAUAUUAUUAAUUUAUAAUUGAAUUCAAGUAUGGACUAUUGUAGGGUGUUUGAAGUUAAGAUUUCAGUACAGUUGUCAAUUUCCAAUUAUAAAUCUCAAAAUUGAAUAAAUUUAAACCUAUAUAUAAUGUAUGUUUUAUUUUAGAUUUGGAGCAUAGUGUGGGAUCUACUGUGAGCAACUUGUCUACCAGAAAUCUUGUUCCAAUUUAUCAAAUGUAGCACCCUUUCAGAAAGUAAAUUUUAUCUAGUUAGUGUGUUGGAGAUGUUAUUUUUUGAUUUUCCUAGAGUUUUUAUGGUAUUUGUGAAAAACAAAAAAAUAUAGGUAAAACGCAAAUUUUUACGGUGCACCGUGUUGUUGCUAAUUUCAUUGUUUCAAUUUUUCAAGCAUGAUGUUUUCUACCAAAAAUAUUAAUUCAAUCAAAAAACGACAAGUUUUUUGUUGCAUUUUCUAUCUUGUUGCUUAGUGAGAUAAUUGUUUUUUGAUUUUUUUUUUUUUAGUUUUUUUUAAUAAUUGAGUAUAAUCGAAAAAAGAUGUAGAAAGAAUGGGAAAAUUAAUAAAACCAUUUUCAAUUUUGUUUUAGAUUCUGAGUGGAGCGAUUUAUGUAUUGGUUUUAUAAUGAUGAUUUUCUUGUGAACAACUUUUCUAGCAGAAAUUUGGCUCCGAUUUUCAAGUAUAACACUUUAUGAAAAAAAUUGAUAAUAAGAAUACAUACAAUAACUUUAAAUUAUAUGAUAUAAUAUAAAACCUUUUUCGUUUUUUUUUUUUUAAUUUGGUAAUAUGAUUUUAUUUUCAUAUAAAUAAGUUGUAAAUCUUAAAUAAAUAUAUAUAAAAUACUGAGUAAGAUUAAUAAAUAGGUUUUAUAUUUGAUGAGAUUUGUAAUACAUUUAGGUUUGUUUUGGUUUGUAAUUUUAGGUAGGAAGAUUUGUAGAAUUUAGUGGUUAAUUGGUAAACUAAAUCAAUUUUAAAAUAUGAGUGCUGUGUGGAAUAUUAUAUAUUAUUAUUCUCUUAUUUAAAACCUUGAUAAAUCUCUUUGACAAUUAUUUUAAAUGAAGUAAAUAAAUAACUAAGUAUAAUAAAUAAAUGAUUAUUCUUUUCUAACAAAAAACAAUUUCUAGCGAAGUUCGGUUGUAUAUGUUAUGAAAGGCCUUAGUAAUUCGGGUUUUUAUCAAAAUUUGAUUUUAAAAUUCUUAUUAAAAAAUAGUUGAAAUUAUUUAUUUAUUUUUAUUAAUAAAUUUGAAAAGGUGCUACAUUUGAUAAAUAGGAGUAAGAUUUCUGUUAGAUUUUUUGUACACAUUUUUUAUAAAAAAAAUAAAAAAUCAAACAUCAUUGUAAAACCAAUACAUCCCUCGCUUGAAUCUAAAAGAAUGAAUAAAUUCUUAUAAUAAGAAGUAAACAGCUGUAAAUUAAAUCCAAGUUUUGCCGGAUUAAUGUAUAACGACAAAUUUAUAAAAAAAAUGACAAAAUUAUUUUGAAAAUGUAGGAUUGUGGUUUAACUAAGUUUUAAUUUUAAUAUUACAAAGCAAUUACACGACUACUCAAUAUCAAUAUACUUCCAUAAAUUACACAGCGCCCUUUUUAGAUUUUUUUUAAUUAUAUUUUUAGUUUGGGUACCUAUUAUAAUUUAAGUUUUAAUACAAGGUUAUUCAUACAACACUUAUUAAUUAUUCUAUUAGUUUUAAAAGUUCAAAAUCUCAUUCUUUAUUUGUAUUUAUUUAUUUUUUAUAAGCAUUUAAAGUAUUAAAUUAGUAACAAACUGAGCCCUAAUUAUCACCAUUUUCACACUUUUAAAUUAUUUUACUUUUGUUUUUGUCUGUGUCUCAUCCAAUAAGCUAUUCAAGGUGAUAACGAUAAAUAUGUCUUAUAUUGACUAUAUCCUUUCACAUUAAUAUUUCAUGGUUCACUUAAAAUGAAGCCUUCAAAAAAUCUUCAAUGAUCAGUGAACAAUUAAUUGCUUUUACAUAAUAAAUAAUGUGAUUGGGAAAAAUAAUAUUUUAUUGUUUCCUGUUAAUUAAAUUAUAGAUAAAACAUUUUAUUUAAAUAAUAAAUUAGGCCAAGGUAAAGUAAAUAUUUGAACAAAAUUUACCUAAUUAAACUAAAUUAAAUUACUUGUAUUGCAAUUACUAUUAUAUUUUUAUUGUUAUUAUCUUUCAUCCAGAAGACAUUAAUAAAUUAUAUAUCAUUAAAAGGAAGUGGGUAGGUAUGCAAAUUAUGUCUAAAAAAAAAUUGUUUAACAUUAUUUUACCCACUAGAUUCUAUUAGGAAGAUGAUUAAGGCUGCAAUUUUGUAUUUUGGGUUGCUCAUUACAGGAGACUGAACACAUUCUAAUAUAUUUCUAUUUUAAAUUUAAAACCAACAAUAAAGUAAUUUAAUUUAAGUCGUGAUUUUGACUGUUAUAAUAACUGCUGUUUUACCAUGAUAGAAUUCAAAUUUGAAUAUUUCCUUAUAUACAUCAUACAUAGAUUUUUAUACCUUAUAAUCUUAAUUUGUUGUAAAAAGUCUUGAUAAUUUGAAUGUUUAAGAACUGUAAAUAUUAUUAUUUUUACAUUAUUAAUUAAUAAAAGAACUUGACAAUAUUUCAAUUUAAUUAUUCAUGCUAAGUCUGUAGUAUGAUAUGUUAAACCAUUGAAAUUCUUUAAUUACAUUUUUGGUUCUAGAUGUGCUUCAAAUAUCAAAGAAGUUACAGAAACUUGUCUUAGUGGGUUGGUGUCCAUGUUAUCAAGUCGCGACGGUAAUUUAAAAUGUGUUGCACAUUUAAAAUUCUAUAAACACCCAAAGUAAGGAUCAUACUUUAUGUAUUUUAUGUUGAUUUUUUUGUAGAAGCGGUAGUAGCUGAAAGUGUUGUUGUCAUUAAAAAAUUGUUACAAAACCAACCCGAAGCUCACUGCGAUAUAAUAAGACAUAUGGCACGACUGAUGGACUCCAUAGCUGUGCCCCAAGCCAGGGCAUCCAUCUUGUGGCUGCUUGGAGAAUACUCUCAACUGGUUUCCACCAUAGCACCUGACGUUCUUCGUAAAGUCGCUAAAACAUUUGUUGACGAGGUUAAAAAAUUGUUUAAUAAUAUAUACUUUAUUUACAUAUUGUGAUAUGAAUGUAUGUCUUAGUUACCCGUUGGCUAUUCUAAUUUGCCUUUGUUUUGUGCAAUAGGAAGAUAUAGUGAAAUUACAAAUAAUGAAUUUAGCGGUUAAGUUAUUCUUAACAAAUCCCAUACAGACUACAUUGCUCUGCCAAUACGUGUUGAAACAGGCAAAGUAUGAUCAAAACUAUGACAUUCGUGAUCGUUCAAGAUUUUUAAACAAUAUACUGUUUCCUCCAGAGCAAUUUAAAGAUAGUAUAUUAAGUAAACAUGCAAAGAACAUAUUUUUAGCGGAAAAACCAGCUCCAUUACUACAGUCCAAUUUUGUUGGUAAUUUAUACUUAAUUAUAUGUAUAUAUAUUCAGUUUUUUAGCAAUGAAAAAAAAUUAAAUGCUAGAUGCCCAACUACAGAUAUAUAAUAUGAGCUCUUUAAAUACAUAUCAUUCACUCUUCAUACAUAUAUAAUACUUAAGACACUGAGCAUAGCAAAGAAUGUUUUGUUUUUUCUAUGAUGUGGCUUUUUUUUUUUUUCUUAACAUUUUAAUAAAUUAAUUUGUUUAUUAAGUAAUAACACAUUGUAUGGUAAAUUUCAAUAAUUAUUUUGUCAUUUUAUAGUCAUAUAUAGGUAUUUAUACUCUUAAAAAAAAACAAACAAUUACAUUUUUGUUAUUAAUAAAAGCUAUAUAAAACUUAAAAAAAUACUGGGUAUGUUUUUAAACAAAUAUGGAAUAGGAUUAGCUUUUUCAUGUCAAUACUCAUUAUUGUAAUCUUGCUAAAAAUAAUAGAGAACUAAAAUUACUUAUAUUAGCUCUUUUUAAACACGAUGCAGUUUUUAAAACAUUGUAGUGCUUUUUAGUUUUUUAUCUAUAGUCAUUUAAAAUGUUUGUGUUCUUUACCUUUUUUUUAUUAUUAUAAUUAAAUCAAAGAAAAAAUAUGUAUACAAUUAAGUAGAUACAAUCCAAUAUUAUAAAUACAUGGAUUCAACACUGAGUAUACAAUUCUCACUUUGAUUUAAUACCUAUUUUCUAUAAGCAUGUUUGUGGUGAAGGUAGGAAGUUGUGAUUAUAGACUAAUAUAAAUAAUUUGUUACUCUUACAUGAAAACAAGAUAUUAGCAAAAAGUACAAACAAUUGUUUAAGAUAACAUUUAGAUUAAAUAAGAGCAGCUUAAUAUAACUUAAAUUAAAAUACUACACUUAAAAUAAAAUAAGCUUAAUGAAAUUCAAUUAAUUGUAUUUACUUAAAUAAAUAAAUUUUUGAAUUAAGUUACUAAAAUUACUACUUUAAAGUAAACAUGACAAAAUGUACAGAAAGAAAAUAAAAAUAGAAAACUUAUUCUAUAUUUUGAAAAGACCAAUGUUUUAUUAAAUAUUUCGCACAUUUUGGAUUUAGAAUAAUUUUUUUUUUAGGGACUUCAUUUAGAUCAAGAUAGUCCAUAAAUCUCUGUCCAAAAGAAGUUUUCUUAAAUUUAAUUUUAGCAUCAUAUGUCCUAUUUUCUCUAAUUUGUUUAUUUCUAUCCAGGUUAUACCAAUUUUCCACAUCCUUUAUAACCCAUAAAAUUGCAAACUGUUUGUAACAUGACAUGAUAACUUUAUGGUGAUAAAAUUGUUUGAUAAAAGUUAUGAAAAUUUAGAUUGAAAAUCAAGAGUUGCAAAUUUUCCAUACAUGUGUUAAAAUUUCAAAUUUGGAUCAUUAUUUUUAUAUAGUGCUAUUAUGCAAAUAAAACUUAGCUCAGAAUUGUUUUUCAUUAACAAUGAUUUAUCCUUGUGUUUAAAAACAAAUUAAUUACCUACCCUAUAUUUUUUUCAUUAUAAAAAUGCAUUGUUAUUUAGUUAAACUUCCAAUAAUUUAUAUACAAUUUGAAUUCUAAACAUCUUUACAAAGGUAUGUAGGUAUCUAUGUUCAAUAAAAUAAUUUAGCUAUUCAUAUUUUCUAUUUUAAACUUUGUAGGCCUUAAUUUUUAUCAAAAUUGUUUUAUUAUUGAGUAGAAACCUUUAGUUUCAAAUAUUACUUUAUUAUACAAAUUAGUCUAAUUUAUAUACAAUUUUUAGUUUGGACUUCUUACUCUUAAAACUAUUAAAUAUUAAGAUUAUUUGUAUAGUUUAACAUAAUUUUUUUGAACACUAUUAUAUUGAAUUUAUUUAUAAAAAUACUGUUAUUAUUUUGCAUUUUUAUUUUAUCUAUUAAACAAAUUUGAACCAAAUGAAUUGUUCAAAAAUAUUAGUUUUUUAUAUUUUGAUUGUAUUUUUUAGAUCGAGAAGAAUAUCAAAUGGGUACAUUAUCUCAUUACAUCAAUUGUCGAGCAAUUGGAUAUCAAGAUCUUCCUCAAUUUCCUGAUUCGCCAACAGAUUCUAGUGUUCGUUGUGUAGCUAUACCAGAAGAGUUAGAAAAUCCCACGAGACAGAAAGCUGAGAGGGUGACUGCUAACAAAAAGAAAACGUUUUAUUCAGAUUCUGAAAAUAAUUCUGAUGAAAGUUCAGAUGAAUCUGACGAUUCUACAGACUCAUCAUCGGAUUCAAGUUAUGAAAAAAUUGAACCGCAGGUAAAAUUUUAAGAGGGAUGAAUUUGUUUAUUAUAAUAUAAGUAAUAAGAAAAAAUAAAUUCUUAAACUAUUUCUUUAAUUGCAUAUUUAAAUUAUUUUAAAUUGUACAGAAGAAAGAAAAGUCUGCAAAUUUUGUUGGUUCAAAUGAUGAAUCUAGUUCUGAAAGUGAAUCCGUAGAAAGUGACAGCAGCGAAGAAAUAAUUGUCCACGUGAAUAAAAAAGAAACUAAAAUAACAGAACCAGCUAAAAGCAAUGUGGAUUUGUUGUUAGAACUUGAUGAAUGUAAGUUUUCAUUAUAUGAUUUUAAUGACACGGUAUUUAUUAAAUCAAUGGUAUUGUGUUAUAUAUUUCUUUUUUUUUACGCAUACAAAUUAAAAAAUAGUUGCCCCAGUUGGACAAACGUUAGUACCGUCAUUUGGAAAUAUUCUCUCGCCUACAAGUAACAAUCAAUUGCCACCAUCAUUACCCAUUAAAACACUGCAGCAUUCCAGACAGGUAAAUAAAUUGUAGUAAUUUCUAAAUGCUGGUAUAUUAAUCUGGGUGAUAGACAAUGGGCUGAACCAAAUUGGUCAAAUACCAAAAAGAGACAUGACUUUUGUUAGAGACUGUCCAAAAAAAAGGCUGAACAUAUUUAAUAAUAUGUAUAUGAAAAAAUUGGAUUAUUUUAUCCUAACUAAAUUGAUUUUAGACCGUAUUUGUGUAGGUAAACUUUUAACUCUUCUAUUUGACAGACAUCAGAUCGUAUACAGUUAGUAGUUGUAUUUAAUUUUAGUUUAUCACCUAAUUUGAUAGUACUUACGUUAUUAGGUUAAUACUCGUGUGCUCUAGGGUUGAUUUAUGAAUAACUGAUUUUUUGAUUAAUUGUAAAAUGAGCUCUUUAUCAUGAUGGCUGUAUAAAAUUUAACCAAAUGAAGUUGGUGGUUUUUUAGCACUCAGUUUGUUAGGACAUAGCUUUAUUUACCACACCCAUUCUUCUUGGUUGAGAAUAAAAAAGUAGUGUUAAUAUUUUUACUGUAAUCUAUAGAUUGUUGCUCCCAGUUUUGUGCCAUCAGUAAAAACUGAAAUAUUGAAUAAAAUAAAGGGACAUAAUGAACUGAGUAUAUUGGCACGUUUCACGAGAAGUCCUCAUGUGUUUUCACCAAAAAUGGUCAGCAUCGAGUUGAGUCUCACCAAUCAUGAUAAAAAAGAAUCACUUACCAAUAUUCGCUGGACUCAAAAAGUUAGUCAUCAUUAUCAUAGUAUAAUUUUUAUUUAAAUUUACUCCAUUAAGACGGGUGAUAAAUAAGAUUAUUUUACUUUUAAAAUAUAGAGUUUGGACAUGAGCAUUCACAAUUCAGCUCCCAUUGCACAAUUAUUGCCUAGUUCAGUCACUCUGGGUGCACUUGGAGUCGACUACAAAGAUUCUAUCCAACCUCUUAUUAUGGAAGUUUCUUGGUUUACUGCUGGCAUGGAACGCAAAAGUGAAGUAGUACUACGUGUUCCCAUUGGUGAACUCGUUCAGCCAUUGUGUAUGGAUGAGGAAGAUUUUCUCAGCGAACAGGGUAAAAAACAAAUAUGAACUGUUUAUAUUUAACAGUCUAUCAAUAGUAUGUAUGGGAAUUCAACGAUCAAAUGUACCUAACAAUCUUAUGUCCACUUUAACAGAGUUUCAGUUAUAAGUAAUGGGAUAAUCUGUUAUCUCUCCAUAUAAAAUACUAGCUUCCCCGCCCCUGGUGUUGCCUGUGCCUAUUUUCAUUAUUAUUUUAUUCAUAUUCAUUUUUAAAUCGAAUGAAAACAACAAAUAGGUGGAAAGUGGGUAUUCCACCUUUGGCUAUCUAAAUGUGUUCUAUUCUGACAUUUUAAUAGUGUAAGUAAUAAUAAUAAUUAUAAUAGUUUUCUUUUCCGUAACACCAAGGUAACCCUUGAAUAAAUAAAAAUAAAUAAAUAAGUAAUUAGACAUAUUCAUACCAUGUAUACCUAAAAACCCUUGAUUUACCUCCUUAGGGAUUGAAUUUUCAAAAAUCUUUUCUUAGUGGAAGCCUAUGUCAUAAUAACUAUCUGUGUGCCAAAUUUCAGCCAGAUCUGUCCCGUGAUUUGGGCUUGGCGAUGAUGGAUCAAUCAGUUAGGACAUUAUUUUAUAAAUAUAGAUUUAGAGAUAUUAUUGAAUAGAACUGUUCUAUUUUUGAACCAAACCAAACACUCAAAGUUCGGUUCAAAAAGCAAACUGAAAAUUUCAAAUAAUUGAACCCAGCCAAAUACCUAUAAUUUGGUUAAAAAAAUCAUUCAGUUCAACGUAGCCAACAAUACCAUAUUCUUUGGUGGGAUAGACCAUGUUACGAAAAAGAAAAACAUAUGUUUUUCGCAUUUGUGGGUCUUAUAUAUUAUUAUACUUCAUUUUUUAAAUUGCAUAUAAAUAUAAUAAUUCAACCAUCAAAUCGCAGGAUAACCUGUUUACUUUUUAUAGUUUGAGUAGUUCGAUAAAAUAUUUUGAAAGUUUGGUACAGUAAUAUUUUUAAGAUAAGGUCAGAUUGGUUCGAUAUUAACAACUUAAAUUCUUUUAUAUUUUCUAUAAAAGAAACAAAAUUUUGUAAAUACAAUUGUCAUAAUGUCAAUUAAAAAUGCUUAUAAAAAAAAAAAAUAAUAACAUUGUAUACAAAUAUUUUUUUCUACCAUCACAUACAACCUUAUUUUAUAUUUUCAAAUAUUUUGAUUUGGCCAAAAAAUUAUACUCACUUAAAUUAAAAAUUAAUAUAAAAUAUCGCUAUCUUUAUAAUUUUCAUUAAAAUUUGAACUUUAAAUACAUACACAAAAAAAAGGACAUACUUCACACGAUGGGUGGACCAUUGUUGUAAAUGAAAAGUUGGGAAGGUAGAGUGUAUUGAGGAAUUUAAUUUAUAUCUGUACGUAAUGAUAAACCAUUGUUAACGAAAAAUGAUUUGGAGCGAAGUUUCUUUUAUAUAUAUACAUACAUUUUCCAUUUUUCCCAAUUACUAUGAAAACUGCUAGAAAAAUUGGAGCAAGAUUUCUGGUAAAAAAGUUGUUCACAGAUAAAAAAAAAGAAGAGAAAAAAUAUACAUCAUUGUAAAACCAAUACAUUUCUCGAUACUCUCUGAAUCGAAUAAAACUAGAUUAAUCUCAGCUUUUUUUUUUAAAUUGCAAUGAUUUUUGAGUUCAAUUUUAAAAUUUCUGCUCGCCCCCGAAAAUUUUUAUCCAUUCGAAAAUAUUAAAUGACUAAAUAACUGAAAAAUCAAAAAAAUAACCUACAACUGUCCGCUUUUCAACAGCUUUUUUCUUAGUUUUCCCCAAUUAUGAAAACUAUAAGGAAAAUUAAAUUACUUCCUCCAUGUACCAAAUUGAUCUCAAAUACUUCAAAAAAGUUAUUUAAAGACGGAAUGAAAAUUUCACCAAUACAUUUCUUUCUACACUCAGAAUAUAAUAUAUCUUAAAUCAUAUGUUCACAAAAAAAAAAAAAUAUAUACCUAUGUAACUAAUUUACUAUGUUUAUUUUAUUUCAAGUAAUGUAUAUAUAUUAAAUUCUUAAAGACUUUAUUUACAGUUAAACUCAAAGGAAUGAAUGAACAUACAGCCAAAAUCAUUCUGAAAAAUGUUAAUCUAGAAAUAUCCAAAACUAUAUUCGAAGUAGCUAAUGUUACACGUGUUAUUACGGAUGUAGAGAAUAUAUACAGGUAUUAUGUUUAUUAUUAUAAUUCAUAUCAAUUGUAUACAAAACUAUUUAAACUGUUAAUAAUACAAGAAAUAAUUAAUAAAUUACAUUGUGUAUUUGUGCUUAGUUAAUUAAAAAAAAAAAAAAAAUGUUCAUGCUAGUGGACAGUUUGAAUUAUUAUAAUUAUUGUUGUUUAUGUUUCAGGUUCAGUGGCCAGACAUUGUCAUCUAAUUGUCUUGUGUUACUUACUAUUACCAAACAAGAAUCUUCAGUAACAGUGUGUGUUAAUUGUGAGAAAAUGGUUGUUGGUUCAGUGUUUUUAAAUGAAAUUAAAGGGUUUCUAUCCCAGUAAAUAUUGAAUUUUUUGUAUUUUACAAGUUCUGUUAUUAGUUCAAGUUCAGUUGUAAUGCAAUUUGUUAUUUUAUGAUUUAAAACAAUUAUUUGAUAAUUUAAUAUAAUUUUUAUAUUUUCAGAUGUUCUAAGUAAAUUUUAAUUUAAUUAGCACUUGUUUAUAUUUUAAUACUAUAAUGCGUAUUCAAGUAAUAUAAUAUUCACAAAUUUUAUAUUUAUACAAAAUUAAGCCAAACGUGAAUCUAUAUUUGUAAAAACUAAGCAAAUUAUUAUAAUUAUCACUGUAUACUAAGUAUAUUUAUAAUAUACAUUAUAUUUUAAUUGUUUAAUGUAAUCAUCACAUGACGAAUAAUAUGUCAAAAUAAAAUAUUCUAUAUUUUACUAUACUCUUCAGAGGACGUCAUUAUACCCGCAUGUGCUAUCUGUUCAACUAAAAUGCAUUAUCUUUCACUUUAUAAUAUUGUCUUCUUUUAGUUUUAUAAUGAGUGAUUUUAGACUAAAACUAAAAUAAAGCGAGUUCUACACAGUUUGCAUUAGAUAGAUUUUUGAUAUAUCACCCGUCAGUUGGAUGGAGACAGUACAUGCGGGUAUGACAUCCUCUGAAUUUAAAAAAACUGUUCUUUUGGUACCUAUAUAUUUAUAUUUAAUAUAUUUAAUAUUUAAUAAUUUUUGGAUGGAUUUAUUUUUUUGACAAAGUUGUUAUAAUUUCAUUAAUAUUAUGAAUACUUUAAGAUUU